AUGGACGAAUUCACCACGGUCAAAAAUCCAAAGGGGAAAUCGGAUAUUUGGAGGCAUUUUGGGCUCCAAAAGUCUAAAAUAACACAGAAAUUAAUUGAUAAUACAGCCGUAUGUAUGAAGUGUGAUAUGGUCAUAAAAUGUUCAGGAGGUGGGACGUCCAAUUUAUCAGCUCACAUUCGCCGACAUCAUCCGUCAUUAUUGUCGUCUGCUAAAUCAUUAAAUUCAAGUUCAAAAACUACCACCGCUGAUGUUCAUGUGGACCAGAAACAAAGUGAGACUGUUUCUUUACCUACAAUACCAAAGCUAUUUGCGUCAAAGUAUGCCAGUAGUUCAGAUCGAUCUAAACUAAUAACAAAUAAAAUUGCAAGAUUUUUGGUGAAAGAUCUCCGUCCAUACAGUAUGGUAGAAAGUCCCGAGUUUAAAGACUUGAUCAGUUGCCUUGACCCAAGAUAUACUGUCCCAGGCAGGAAGGUGUUUUCAGAAAGAAUCAUACCCGAGAUGUAUGAAUCUGCCAAGGAAAAUGUGAAACUUAAUCUGAAGAAUGCAGAACAGGUUUCACUGACGACUGAUGGAUGGACGUCCUGUGCUACUGAAUCAUAUAUGACAGUUACAUCAAGCCAUAUCACUGAUAGUUGGGAGUUGAAGAACUUUGUGUUGCAGACCAGGGCACUCCCAGAGAGUCAUACAGCAGUGCAUGUUACAGCAGUAUUAAAUGCAGCAGUUGAGGAACGGGCUCUACCAACAGGGCAUGGUAAGCCGACUCUAGUUACCGAUAAUGCAAGUAACAUGGUGAAAGCUGGAGAGUUGUUUGGUUCACUUCACCUUGGAUGUUAUGCUCACACAUUGAACAUAGCUGUGCAGAAAUGCUUAUCAGUAAAGAGAGCUAGUCACCUGCUUGCCAAGAUCCGUCGAAUAGUGGCUUUUUUUCACAGAAGCAACAUUGCAAAUAAUAUCCUUCAAGUAAAGGCUGAGGCUCUAGGUCUUCCGCAGCAUAAAUUGAUCAUUGAUGUUAGCACAAGGUGGAACAGUGCAUAUGAUAUGGUGUCUAGAUUUCUCGAAAUGCAGGUGGCUGUGUUUGCGACCCUUAGGUCAAAAGAUGUUGGCAAAGUGAGUGAUGUCUCCAUUUCUGAUGAAGAACUGCUUCUAGCAGAGGAGAUGAUCAAGUUUCAAAAGCCCUUAAAGGAUAUCACAGUGAUGCUCUGCUCAGAAAACAACCCAACAGUCUCUGUAAUAAUGCCCUUACAACAUCAGAUUGUAAACUCCAUUUUGACAGGCACAGAUACUGAAUGCCCGGCAGUGACAGAGAUGAAGUCCUUGGUUAAGAAAAGUCUUGAACCUCGAUACAAAGGAAGUGAGCAAGUUCUCAAUAUGUGCUCAGCACUUGACCCAAGAUUCAAAAUGCUUCCUUUUUUGUCAGAUGAAGACAAGGCUGGGGUUUUCAAUAGACUUACAUCAGAAACAGUUACAGUAAAUGAAGUGAGUAAGGUUAAAGUUGAGCCAGAUGAGAACCUCCUAACUGAAAUUGAUGAGCCAGAAUUACCAAGUUUGCCUUAA